AUGCCCGCUUUGUUCCUGAAGCUGGGCGAGUUGUCGUUGCCAACCAGCACAGAGGCCGUGCUGGUGACCAGCCCGAACCACGGUGACAUCCAGGCGCAUUUGAACGCACUGCUGGAGGCGGUGGUGGUGGCCGCUUGCAGCACACCGGCCGUUUGGCUCCCAAGCCCAGCAGAUUCCGAGACGAGCGCGCGGGACAAAGAUGCCAACGCGGCGCUCCAGCGCUUUCUGGCGCGAUCUGCCAGCUACCGAGUGGCUGUGAAAGGUUUGGACACCCAGCUGCGACACAGCUUCCGGGCGGUGGAUCGCAGGCUGCAGGCGAUCUGUGAGCAGCUGGACAAAGAGCUACUGACGCAGAGCGCCCUGCUCAGCGGGCUCUACGUCAACCGCGGAGGCCUUUUCCAGCGGGAGGGGCGGAUCCCGCCGGAAUGCUCUUCCAACUGCAGCUUCUUGGGGUCUGCCUUCCUCGCGGACUUUGUGAUGCUUUGGCUGUGCAAGCCCCUCGCCGAAGGCGAACACCGCCCGGAGCCCUUCAAAGCAUUGCUGAUGAACCUCUUCUACUCCCUUGCCAAGGUGAUUGCAAGCUCCAAAGUGAGCUUGCCUGUGGGGCCAGUGCCGCCGGAAAUCGCUGGGCACCUGGCGCGCGACGAGAACGCGCGGGUCAUGGACUCAGCCGUCAGCGCCCUCAUCGCCGACUCGGUGGAGGGCAAAGGCGCGGGCGCCGCCGGCUUCCACACGGCGCUGGCCAGCGUGGUGGACGGUUCCGGGCAGCUGGCGGAGGUCUUGCUACAGCUGCUGCUGCAGCCUGAGCUGUUCCUGCGACCGGCGGACGAGCUGAGCUCGUGUGACUCUGAGAAUUUGUGCGAGUGGCUUCAAGACCUCCAGCGCAGCUGCGAAGAUUGGGAGCGAGUGGUGCGAAGCGUCCGCGCGCUGUCCCAAUGUGGGCCUUUCGCCCUGGACCUAAGGUACUUCACCUUCAUCGGCGAGCAGGUGGGCCCGGCCCUGCUGGGCCUCGCCACCUACGCGGUGAAUCUGGCCGGAGUCAACUCUGGCCGUCGCUUAUGGAAGGACAUGUCGGACUUGGUGGCGCGGUUCAGCAAGCCGGUGGCCUCAUUGGAAGAUAUGGUGGGCGAGUUGGAGUUGCUGAGCAACGUCUAUCAGAACCUGAACAACUUUCAGAAUGACUGCUCCCAACUGACUCCCCUGGUGGCCGCGUUGGCAUCCGUCACCAAGAGCUUCUUGCUGACCAGUCGCCUGCCCGACCUCCGCUCCACCGGCAGAACGGCCUCCGUGGAGAGCAUGCCCGAGCGGUUCUUGCUGGAUUUCCAGGAGGAUGAGGAUGAGAGGAAGGCAGAGGGAGCACUGGCAGGCAGCGCCGAGCGCCGCGAGAAGGGCCGCGCCCACGGCGUGGGGCACCCCUACGGGGGUUUGUCCACCGGCGCGCUGCAGUUUCUCUGUCUCAAGACGGAGGAUGUGCGGCAGAAGCUUCAAGGCCUUGUGGAGAAGGUGUUGGCCACGCUCCCCGCGCGCUCCGAGCCCUUCCAGAAGUUGGUGGCGGAGGAGUCCCGCGCCGUGGACGAGGCUGCCCUGACGGCGUGGAAAGAGCUGGAGGAGAAGCUAUCUCCCAGCAGUGCCUUGGCCAUCGAUGCGCGGUGCAGCCUCACACGCGUAGGAGCCGCAGAUACUGAGACGCGGACGGGUCCUGGGGAGGCCAAAGCAGCCACCUUGCAGCUGACCACAGGUGGCUUCUCCUCCUUCUUUGACGUCCAGUCCGCCCUGGCAGACUUCGAGCGCAGCUACCGGGAGUUGGACGGCCGCAACCAGCUGAUGAAUCGCUUCCAAGACUUGGCGGGAUGCACGUCCAGGCCGGGGGAGGGCCGCAUGGAGAAGCUGAGGGCGAAGCUGGUGGCGCUGCGGGUCUUUUGGCGGGCGGCGCAGGAGUGGGACAAGGAAGUGGAGAAGCGGUUGCGCCAGUCUCCAGCUUUGGUGAACAUCACGGAUCUCCAACGCCAGGCUCACUUCACGCUGAGGGCCGUGAGCCAAUGCCCCAAGGAGCAUCAGGAGCUGCUCCGCCAGCGGAUCAACGCCUUCCGGCAGGUCUUCCGACAGCUCUUCAUGGUGCAGUCCAUCAUGUGCCUGAACGCCAAGAACGAGACACGGAAGCUGGUGCCCUAUUCGCCGCCUCAGGCUCAUGUCUGGAGCAAUCUCUUCGACACCCCGGUGAACCUCAAGCCCCGGGACUUCUCGGGGAACUGCUUCGGCUUCGAGAAGGAGCUGCUGCCAGGCGAGGCUUCCACUGGGGACAAGCCCGGCUUCGACCCCAACGACACCAUGACCAGCCUGGGGAGGUUGCUACGUGCUGGUGUGCUGGAUGAUCACGCCAAAGUGGCCCGGCAGUAUGCGACGAUGGCGACUCGAGAGAGCCAAGAGAUGCGAUCGCUGCUGUGCCACGUGAUCUCGUGGUCGCAGCAGUCGCUUCCAGUCACGCCAGCUGGAGCAAAGGGACAGCCUGUCCUAGCCGCAGCCGCUCUGGCGGAGCAGCUGGAGUCCUUGGAGCGGCAGCUGGAGUCGGCGCUGCGCCGCGCCAAGCCAUACCCUCAGCUCUUUCAGGAAGAGAAGCCCUUGGCCGGCGACGACUUCUACCUGGGCACCUUCUACAAGGACCUCAGUGAGACAUGGCUGCGGCGCUUGAGAGCGAUGCGCCAGAAUCUCUUGAAGUUCAUGGAGUGCCAGGACCUGUGGUUGCACCUCUCGCCCUCCAAAAACGACCUUCGCGCCGAGCUGCGAAAGGCUGAUGUGAUCUUUCGCUCCCUGGCGGACGACAUGGCCGCCAAUCCGCAAGCCCGCACCUGCUUGGAGGACGUUCUGUCCAGCGAGGGCGGGGUGCAGGAGGCCUGUGCCCUCUUCACGCAGGCCUACGCGCGGGCGAGUCGGGACUUGCAGGAUCUGCGGGCUGAGUGCUUUCGACUCUUCUUCCUGGAGGAUGAGGCCCUCCUGGAGCUUUGCGGCAGCACCAACAUCUCGCGGAGCAAUUGCUUGCCUCAGCUCUUUCCUGGCUGGUCAGAGGUGACUUUCGCACCAGAUGCCGCAACUCCCGGCUCUUCCGCCUUGAGCAUCACGGGGGUGCGGCCGACAUCAGGGCCGCCCUUGCAGCUGUUGGAGCCAGUCGCGCUGAAUGUGCCGUUGCAGGAGUGGCUGAAGCGGUUGGAGCAGCAGGUGGCAACCACCUUCCAGCAGCUGCUGCGCCAGGGACGAACUGCAGACGCAGCUCUGGCGGCAUAUGGGCAAAGGAAUCUUCCGGAGCAUGUGGCAGUGACUGCCCAGCGAAUCCGAUGGACCUACCUGGUGGAAGCAAUGAGACUUGGCAGCAGCCUUGUCUUCAAAGGGUCAUCCCGACCAGAAGCCAUGGACAUCUUCACAGCCUAUGCGGAGAAGCGCGUGAAGGAGGAGGUGGCGCGCAACACGGGGGCGGCUUCCAGCAAGGAGACCUUUGCAGGUGCCGGGCUCACCUGGGCGCUGGAGCUGCGAGCACUGCUGCAGCGCUCCAAGGAGGCCUCGGACCUGGUCUUUCUCCGGAUGGCCUGGCGCGGCGAGGCUCUCGCAGUGCAGCUGGGACCUCUUUGCCUGGAAUUCGGGUGGGAGCUGUAUGGAGGAGAGGAGCUCAUUUGCCCCGUGACUGAGAAGUGCUACGUGGACUUGGCGCAGCAGCUCUGCGACGUCUCGCUGCCGCAGCUGCAGGGCAUGGGCUGCUCCGUGACGCGGGCCUUUGCUGCAAGCUGCGGCAUUGCAUGCCACCAGUGCUACGUGCUCUCGGAACCCGAGAGCCUCCGCGGCUUCCGGCGCCUGGCGCUGGGGGCGGGCCUGCUGGGCCACUGGGUGGUCUGA